GCAAGGCCGCUGCCAACCUCUCACAACAAACGCCGACCUGGGAGAAGAAGGGCCGCCACAUGGCCAGCAAGAAGAGGAAGAUCCUCGAAGGCGCCCCGACACAUGGAGGUUACAUGCUGGAUGAAGAGUGGGUGCCGGAGGACGUGGCGACGCUGGAGGGGACGAAUUUCGAAGACUCUAACGACAUGGCGUUGCAGCGGAAGUUGUCCAGGCGGGGAAGUGGCGGCAUCUGCAUAGACGAUGCUAGCGAAAGACGACGCGCAGGAGGGCGGCCAGCACCGGAAGACAUCCUCGACGUUGACGCCGCGACGACAGCCAGAGAGGGCGCGGGAAAUUGCGCGCCACUGCCACGUAUGACUCCACCAACCGAUGCGCAAGAGGGCGUGGUUCGCUUACUGACACCGCUGACACCAUGCUCGAGGACGGCUGUAGACGUGGCCUUGUCGAGCGGGCCAUCACAGGCGGCGGGAGGGGUGAGGGCAGGCGCGGCAGCAGGGGUGAAGGCAGGCGAUGUCGCGGGGGAGGGGGACGACGACGCCGCAUUGGUGAACAGGCUGCGCCAGCGGAAUACGCGGGAAGGAAUGGAGGCGGCGGCGAAGCUGUGGGUGGCUGACCUCCGCUUCUGGAACGAGAGGGAGGGAUUUGCCAUCGUCAAGUUGAUCGUGGAGGCGCGCGGUUAUCUUGUGGCUGUGGCGCGGGGAGAGCAGCCUCCGCCCAUUCGACGCACCAUCGUCUUGCCUCACAACAGCAUCCCGCAGCACAAGAUCGCGGACGAGUGGGAGUUAAACGCUGCGAAGGAGAGGGCGCUGAAGGUUCAGGGGAUCGCUUUGCGGGUGAUACACGGGUGGGUCUUCAAGUCUCAGAACAGGCAAAGGGGGUACCAUGCGGCGUACCAGUACGCAUUCAACCACGCGGCCACCGACAUCGCUCGCGCGAUGUGGAUGGGGGAGGACUGGCGUUAUUGUGUGAGUCCGAUGGUCGUGCACCACACGCUCGACAUGGAUAUGAAGUUGCCUUUGUGGUUCGUGGGCGCCGACGUCGAAGACAGGCACGAGGACGACGGCUUGGCGGCUUAUCAGGAGGCGAGCAUCCAGCGACUGGUGGGGGCUUUCACGAGCGUCGUGAUCAUUGCGGAGGCGACGGAUGGCGGGCGUGUAUCGCACGAAAGGUUGAAGACCAUGGCCGACGCGAUGCGGAUGAUGCUCGUGCCGAGCAUGUGGCUCAUGCGGAUGGCGGGUGACGAUCAUCGCGCGCAUUACGACGGCUGGGUCUUCGUCCAACUCACGGCGAAGCCGACGCUCGUCGCAUCCAUGCAUCGCUGCUUCGACGCGCGUCGGCACAUCGUGCAAGUUGCGACCGUAAUCACCGACAAGUUGGCGAGUCCCCCCAUCACUUUGAUCGACCCUCCAAUGUAUGUUCCCGACUGGGCGUCCAUCGGUGUGAAGUUCUCAUACGACGCCACGCUGUCUUCCCCGAUGGAGGCCAAGAAGGUGGAUUGGUUGGGAACAGGCCCCCCGGAAGACGAAGACGACGGGAAAGGCGACGAACAGGGAAGCGGGGGGGGUCGAUGACGCCUUUUAGUCGUCUAUGUAGUUUUUCCUCGUGUGAUGCUGCUCUGCCGUGGCUUGUUUUUC